UCAGUUAUAUGGCCCAUAUAAUAUAUGGGGUAUAGUGAUGUAUAUACUUUCAGUGAAAAAGCGUGUAAUACAAACCAAAAAAUUGUGAAGAAAGUGAAGUGUCCGGAAUGUCCGAGACAAUUCAGUUCAAACAAUGAUGACAAACUAUUGAGACACAUACGCGCAGUGCACAGAGGCGAAAAUCCAUUUCAGUGUUAUAUGUGCGAUUACAGCUCACAAAAUAAAGUGGUAUUCGCGGAACACGUACGCAGACAUAAAGGCACUAAACCAUUCAAAUGCUCGUACUGCCCUCACAGAAAUGUCUCCAAAAAGAAUUUAAAGAAACACGAACUAAUUCAUCGGCCCGAUAAUCCUUUGAAAUGUCAAAUUUGUGGCCACUUGGCAAGGCAUAAACGAAGUUUCGAACAUCACGCGAAAACUUUUCACUCAGCUGAGAGUAAGGUUAAUAGUUGUCCGACAUGUAAAGCAGUUUUACCAGAAAAUGUUUUGAGCAAACACCUGGAUCUUUCCAAGAAGUGUGAUGAGUGCGAUUUCUCCACGUGUACUAAAGCGUUGCUGUCAGAGCAUUUGAUGGAGGUUCAUGGGAAAAAGUUUCUUGAUAAGUUUAAGUUUAGAAACAAACCAUGGACUUGCGCAGUCUGCGGAUGGAAGGGUAAUAGGUACCCCAGAAUCUUGCUUCAUUUGAUACAUCACCCUGAUCAGGAUGUCCAGGAUAUCGAUGUUAGCAUUUUGAAGCCGUUCGGUAUCAUGAAAUGAAUUCAAAUUAUUAUAGAAAAGGUUUUUUUUCUAACCUAAAGAAUUUGAAUUGCUUGUAUCAUCUAGAGCAGGGGUGCUCAAGCUUGAACUGCUGGCGAUCUACCUCAAAAUUGUUAGACUACGAUCGAUCGGCUCUGAGAGGCUUCAAGUAUGUGUGAUGAAGGAUUGUCGUCUAGGUAGAGUGUCACGAUGACAUAGAUAUUAGUUUUGCGCAAAAUAUGCAUUUUAUUAGUCAAGGUAAGUGUAGGUCUGCUCUUAAAUGUCAAUGAAAAAACUCAUAAUUAUUAUUCAAAAUUGCGAGUUUAUUGGUUCUUACAAAACAAACGCGUUCUAAAGUUCUAAGCUUAACUAAAUAGUGACUUUGGAUGUUGAAGCGUGACACUGCAUGUCCUGAGCAUACCUUUCAUAAGAUGGUACGUAAUUACCGACUUUAGUUUUAUUAUACCGGAUUUUUUUCUCGAGAUCGACUCAAAAAACACUCGCGAUCGACCUGUCGAUCCAGAUCGACCGUUUGAGCACCCCUGAUCUAGAGGCAAGAAGCGUUUUCGAUUUCAUUGCUCAUAACAAACGACAAUUUCUAGACUUUCGUAAUAUUAGGUCUUCAAGAGCUUAGAGUAUUAAGCUUUUAUGUUAUUAUUUAAUAAUCAUAAAGUACUAAAUAACACUGAAUAAAACCUGAUGUAGGUAAUUCAGGGUUAAAAGAGCUAUGUUUUGAUAUCUUAAAACUAAAAAGUAGCUCAUUUGUAUUUUAAAGUCAAUACAGCCAAUAGGAGCUUGUUCCUGAUUGGCUGUUCGAGCUAGGAUUGCCAACGUUUUGUUGGUGCGGCGAAGUGUUGCUUAGUCCCAUUUGGCUCGUAGCUGCUGCACCGAACGGACAUAUUAGAGUUAAGUAAAUGUUUAUGAGGCUACUAAGUGAUAUUUUAGUAUUUUAACAUAAGUACUAUUUAUUAAAGAUUCCUCAACUUGUUGGAUGUAUAUUGUACAUAGAUUAUACUGUAUAUUUUGUAACAUUUAAAUGAUGAGCUGGGAGUUUCUUAUCCGUUCUUCUCCCCAUGUCAAAGCUCCUUUACGAACCGAUGUAGAGACAUGAAGUAAUAAAGAUUAUAUUUCAAAGAAUAAGGUGGUUUACUUGAAUAUAAAGGUUUUCAUAAUCGCUUUACUUGUAAUUUCUAUAUAUACUCUAUUUCUCGUAGCUUUUCUAACAAGCGCUUAAACUUAGCAUCGUACCCAUAUAAGAAUGUACGUGUAUCAUUA